GUGGUCUGUGUGAAAGUGUGUGUAGCACACACACUAACUGACAUCACUCUGGCAUGGGCAGGGUUACAUCAUCACCACUAUGACACACACAGUGCUAGGGCUGAUGGGAUACUGGUGGUGUAGCUGCCGGCGGCUGUUGCGUUGCUCAGCGUUCUUCCAUGUGACAGGGGCAGGUUCCAGCGGCCACCAUCGGACACGUGACUGACCAAUGCGGUUCUAAGUGCUGUUCUUGUUGACUAACUGUGACCGGACAGGUUCUAAACCACUGUUCUAAACAGGUUCUAGACACUGUUCUGGUGGAUGUACCCAGCUCUCACAGAAUACAGACGGCAUCUGAGACCAGAGAACAUUGAUCAAAGCGUCUACUCAGGACUGGAAAGCAAGGUAAACCCUUGCCACGCUGGUCCACCAUGGUGUUCAUGGGCAUGAGUAACUUUGUGGACUACCGUCUGCUGGCCAUCCUGAUGACGGGCAUGUGCCUGGGUCUGCCCGCGCUGGGCUGGGCGUUCCGCUCGCUGCACUUCCACCGGCGGUCCGGCGGCCGCGUGACGCCCUUCGCCGCGUGCCUGUUGCUAAGCGACGUGCUGGAGCUCCUGCUGCUCUCCUUCCUCAUGGUGGAGCAGCUGAACAUCUGUGACCUGAAGGUCUACCCCUGCUGGGUGUGGUUCCCUGUCUCCGUGGGCGUGCGCCUGUGCGCGCUGCACUUCCACCAGCUGGUGGCGCUAGAGGGCAUCAUGGCGCUGUCCUUCCCGCAGUGCUGGGCGCGCCUGUCUUCGCCGGCCGUCGGCGUGCCCAUCAGCGUCUUCCUGUGGCUGACGGCGCUCAGCUUCUACCUGUCUCCCGUCUGCAUCGUGGUCAACGUGGUGCUGGCGGCCGUGCCCGUGGCGCUGCUAGUGGUCAGCUUCGUGCUGACGCUCAAGACGCCGCCGCACGUGGCCCCCCGGCCCUGGGACGUGCUGGGGGUUGCCGCGGUGACCCUGCUGGGCGUCAGCUGGCCCACGUGCGCGCUCUUCUUCGGCAUCCUGUCGGGCGUGGUGUGGCUGCACGUCAUCUUCUUCGUCAUGCAGCUGCGGCUGAUCACCGACCCGCUCCUCUGCGUCCUGGUGUGGAGGGCCACGGGCAGGAGGCUGCAGUCUCAGCGCCCCGGCGCCAACGCCAGCUCCAGCUCCACCACCAGACUACACAUCCCACUGGCCAUCAGCGCCACGGUGGACUGCGACUCCGUCAUCAGGAGACAGCGCUGACGUGAGAGAGAGAGAGCGAAGGAUAGAGAGGGAUAGAUAGAGAGAGAGAAAGGAGAAAAGAAGAAGAGAAUGGAAGAGAUAAAAGGUUGAUUCACUUACAACUGAGUUAUAAAAAGUUUCUCUGUUUCUCAGUGGAAGGAUUUUGAAUGACUGAAUGCAUUUUACAGUCGCUGAAUAUAAUCUCGUAUACUACAAUAACCUGGCCUUAAUAUCCUAACUAUAAAAUACUUUUGAUCCUAAUAUACUCCUGCAGAUCACUUCUCAGGCCUAAGGCUGUUUUUCAACACAACAAUACUGGAAAAUAUGUGGUUAUAGGAUGAGAAAAACCUGAGGUCACAGGUGACAGUUUCUCUUGGGUCAUGAUGUUAGCCUGACGAGCCAGACCCACAUUAAAAUGUAGGGUCUGGGCACUCACCGUUCGCAGUGCUCAGUCCAAGGGGAGGGAUAAUCGGUUGUCUUUCAAAUUCCUUUUACUUUUAUCAAAAUCACAAACAUUUGCAAUAUUUUGUCAGUUUCUUCUGUGUGUAUUUGUUAAUACCAUCUUCAAAUCUUCACAGUUAAGUAUCAAAAGCCUGUAUUGAUAAUCAAAUCUUCUGUAUGUAGGAAUGUUUAAUAAUGCAUUUAAUAACUGAAUAAUGUAAUGCCUUAUUACUAUACGACUAUUGACGGAGACUAUUGAGAUGAUGUGUCCAUCUGACUGACCCAUGUCCAUGUCUGGUCUCAGUAAA